AUGGCCCAUGCCACCCCCUUCCAGAAAGAAGCAUGGACGGAAUACGGCAUAGGCGUGAUUAUCAUAUUACUCCGUAUUUUCGCACGUUUGAGAGUGGUCGGAGUCAAAAACUGGCAAGGAGAUGACUACUUCACGUUUGUAGUUCUCGCCUUCUGGACUGCGGAACUAACCAUGUUGGAACUGAUCGGCCAAUAUGGCACCAAUAUCGGUCUUGAUGAUGCUCAAAGGGCUUCGCUAACUCCAGAGCAAACCGAGAUUCUUGCCCGUGGUUCCAAGUGUCUUCUCGCCGGCUGGACCUGCUAUGUGACCCUGAUCUGGUCCCUGAAAGCCUGCAUGCUGUUUUUCUACAACCGCCUUACGCUGGGCCUUGUCCAACAAAAGCUCGUCAAAAUUAAUGCCGUGCUUUGCGCAAGCACAUACACAGCCGUUAUCCUGACUAUCUUUCUCCACUGUCGUCCGCUGGAGAAGAACUGGCAGGUUUAUCCAGAUCCUGGUCUCAACUGCUCUGCUGACUAUGUGAACUAUAUCGUAAUUGCGGUGACCAAUGUCUCAACAGACGCAAUUCUCGUGUGCAUUCCCAUUCCCUUAUUAGCUAAAGUGCGACUCGCAUUGCGUCGAAAGCUGAUUAUCGGAGUUCUCCUGUGUGGCGGUGUCUUUGUCAUGAUCGCAACGCUCCUCCGCUGUAUUCUCUCCCUGCAGAGUAUCAACAGCAUCAACACCAGUACCAUCUGGGCUAUCCGCGAAACGUUCGUCGGUAUCAUCGCCGUCAACGCUCCCUGCAUCAAACCGCUCUUCAGCACCUCAACCUGGCUCGGGUCCUCGGAAGACCAGUACUCAUACUCGCGAAAGAAGGGUAGCUACAGUUUAUCGGUUUUCGGGAAGUCGAAGCCUAGUCAAUUGGAGUCGACGAAGAGUACGAAGGCGGGCGGGCGAUCCAGUGAUGAGUUCAUCCUACAUGGCGCGGGAACUCGUACUUUUAUCAACGAUGGGCAGACAGGGCGGUCUGAGAGCCUGUCAGAUGAGGAGGCGGGAAGGCACCCAAUCGGGGGCAUUCAGGUUACCACGAUGUAUGAGAUCCGGAGGGAUGGUUCUCGACAUGAGUGA